CACCCAGUGAGCAUGAGCAGAAGGUUGGCCACACCUCUCAAAAAUGGCAGCAGAGUCUGAAGACAGGCUAGAGGCACUCAUAGAAGACCUCCUCAGGAUCAAUGCCAUUAAAUUUGGUUCUUUUAAGCUCAAAAGUGGAGUAGACUCACCAAUUUAUUUUGACCUAAGAGUAAUAGUAUCUUACCCUAAAAUUCUAGGUCUAGUAGCUGAUUUGUUAUGGUCUAGGGCUCAGUCUGAGGGUAUCAGUUUGGACUGUAUCUGUGGAGUACCCUAUACAGCACUGCCCUUUGCUACUGUAGUGUCUGUCAAGUAUGGCGUUCCUAUGGUAAUGAGAAGGAAAGAGGCCAAGGAUUAUGGGACUAAACGUAUGGUAGAAGGUAGUUGGUUGCCAGGCAGUGACUGCUUGUUGUUUGAAGAUGUAGUUACCACAGGAUCCAGUGUUUUAGAAACAGUUGAAGUAUUAAAAACAGCUGGUCUCGAGGUAAAGAAUACGAUAGUACUUCUAAAUAGAGAGCAGGGAGGCAGCGAGAACCUAGCUAGCAGGGGCAUUCAGUUAUACAGUGUAUUGUCUGUGUAUAAAGUAUUAGAUGUUCUUUUGUCCAAGAAUAAAAUUGAUUUAAAUAUGGCUGAGAGAGUGAGAGGGUUUUUAAACGGGACCACACCUGAUUCAUCGCUGCUAACCACACCAAUCACUACCAAAAUUAAAAAAAGAUUAAGAUAUUCUGAAAGGAGAGAUAUAGCUAGUCACAAAGCAGUGAAGAGAUUACUGUCAAUAAUGGAAAAGAAAAAGACCAACCUGGCACUCUCUGCUGACCUUACCACCACUGACAAAUUGAUUAAACUAGUUGAUGAAGUUGGCCCUCAUGUUUGUCUGGUUAAGACUCAUGUUGACAUAAUGUCCGACUUUUCUUACGACGGAACUGGUCUAAGACUCAAGGAAUUAGCAAAGAAACACAAUUUCAUGAUCAUGGAGGACAGGAAGUUUUCUGAUAUCGGUAAUACCUGUAAACUCCAGUAUACUUCUCCUCUCUAUUCUCUUUCUGAUUGGUCGGACCUUGUCACAUGUCAUGGGAUUGCUGGUCCUGGAACAGUUAACGCUCUCUCAGACGUGAUACCUGAAGGAAGUGGAUGUGUCCUAGUAGCAGAGAUGAGUAGCAGAGCCUGUUUGACCAGUUCAGAGUAUAAAGAAUCUGUCCUGAGAAUAGCCAGAGAUUUUGAUAAUGUCAUUGGGCUCAUUUGUCAAAGGAAACUAUCGGAGAGAGAAGACAUCUUGUACAUGACACCUGGUGUGAAUAUUGAUAAAGAAGGUGAUCGGUUAGGGCAGCAGUACCAUAGUCCUGAGGAGGUGAUCAUUAGGAAGGAGUCUGAUAUCAUUAUUGUUGGACGUGGCAUUUAUGAAUCAGCAGAUCCUGUGGCAAGUGCCAUUCAAUACAAGAACAGGUCAUACUCAGCUUACACUGAGUCAAUAACUAUCCCUGAACACUAAUAGCCUUUAUCAGUCUGUGUAUACACUGCAUGGGAGAGGAAUGUAAAGAGGGCUGUCUUUCACAUCAUACAUGAAU